GCGCGGUUUCGCCGCCUCCUGCCCUGCUGCUCCCUGCGCGCAGCCGGGCGCGCAGCGGCGCGGAGGGGGCGCGGGCGGCCGCAGCCCCGCGGCCGCGCUCCGGCCGCCCCCUGCCCGCUGCGGAGGCCAGAGGCGGAAUAAAGGGGCCGGUUUCCUCGCCGCCGCCGCCGAGGCAGCGCUUUCCUCGUCGCGGGGUGGUGUGGCUUUUUUUUUUUUUUUUUUUCCUUCUCCCCCCUCUUUCUUUCUUUCUUUUCUUUUUUUUUAACUCCUCGCCGGGAAAAGCAGAAACGCUUCUUCUCCCCCCUCUCCUCCCCUUCCCGCCCUCCGAAGGCCCCCAAACAACCACCAGCAACAAACAAAAAGCAAAAAAAAAAAAAAAAAAAAGCCCCUCUUCUUAAAAAAAAAAAAAAAGAAGGCACAGAAAAGGAAAAGCGAGCAAGCCAGAGAGACAGAGACAAGCUCCAUCGAUUCCAAACCCAGGAUUUUAUCCAGUGCAUUGAUUUUUUCCCUCUUUUUUUUUUUUUGCUCUCCCCCCUUUUUUUUGUCCUCCCCCCUCCUCCUUUCUUUUACCCCCCCUUCUCCUCCCCCCCCCCCCUUUUCCUUUUCAUUUUAUUUUGGCUCCUGCUAAAAUUAGCCGGGACUGCUCUGGGUGUUGCGUGUUAAUUUGAUUUACUCCGGGAUUCCGGCUUCCAAGACGCCAUUUUCCCCCCUUCUCGCUCUCCCUCGCUCUAUUUCUCGCUCUAUCAUUUAUCUCGCUAUCUCCCCAUCCCUCUCUCUCUCUCUCUCCGGCCCGUCCAUCUCCCUCUCCCCGGGUGCCUUCCCUCCUCCCCCCGCCCUCCUCCCCCUCGGCUCUGCGUGCGCGGCGCGGCCGUGCGCUCCCCCGAUCUGACAGAUGAACACCGCCAUGGGUUUGCCGCAACACGAGCAAAAGCACCUUUGGGGGCUGUGGCGAGGGAUCGGAACCGGGAUCUAAAAGAGAAGAGGCAAGAAGGGGUGGAAAAGCCGAGGGAAGGAGGAGGAGGAGGAGGAGGAGGAAGAAAGAAGAAGAGGAGGAAGCUGCUAAGAAGCCCCCGCCGCCGUUUUGGGGAUAUGGUUGCAGAUUUGAUCUCUUCUGAGCUCCUUGCAGCGUCUGGACUAUUGGGACUCUGAAUCCUGCAGACAGUUACCAUUUGUUUCCUGGGAUCGUACCUGCCCUUUUUCUCUUCAUCGCCUCCUGUGCUCCCCUUCCCUCUGAUAAGACUCCAGUGCGUUGUGUUACUGCUAUGGAACCAAGGGAGACUUUAGGCAGCUCCCGGCAAAGGGGAGGAGAGGUAGAUUUUCUGCCAGCCACUGUUACCUCUGCAAAGCCUCCACCUGCCUCCAGCUGCACAGGGGAGACCAUGCUGCCUGCCUCGGGCUCGGGGAAAGGGAUCCCAGUGAGCGGAGAACGGAUGGAGCCCGAGGAAGAGGAUGAGUUGGGUUCUGGGAGAGAUGUGGAUUCCACUUCCAAUGCGGACAGUGAGAAAUGGGUGGCAGGAGAUGGCCUGGAAGAGCAGGAGUUUUCCAUCAAGGAGGCUAACUUCACAGAGGGGAGUCUAAAACUAAAAAUCCAGACCACCAAGAGAGCUAAGAAGCCCCCAAAGAACUUGGAGAACUAUAUCUGCCCUCCUGAGAUCAAAAUCACCAUCAAGCAGUCUGGGGAGCAGAAGCUCUCCAGAGCUGGGAAAAAUAGCAAAGCAGCUAAAGAGGAGGACAGAGCACACUCCAGAAAGAAGGGAAAAGUCAUUGGAGAUGCAAAACUGCUCAUGAGUUGUGGUUGCAGAAAAGGGAAAAACGCUCCAGUAAAAGACUCAGAUCAGAAUCAGAUGAAGAACUUGGGAAGAGAGUGUGGGUUCCCUGUGCAGAAUCCAGUGACGAAAUCCGUGAGCAAGGUUUAUGACAGGCCACAAAAACAUUCUGCUCUGCACUAUGAUCCGGGCCUCCAACAAGACUUCACCGGUGACACCUUAAAAUCAAAGCACCAGCAGAAAAGUAGCAACCAGCACCAUCUUGACUGGUCAGCAAGCUCUGAUACUGGAUCCGCUUCUCAAAGUUGUUUCAUCAAUACAGAAUGCAGUCGGGAAGCUGUUAGUGCCACCAAGGUGCCCGCUCCAGAGCCAGUAGUCUCUUUCAGCAAAUCCCAAGCAAAGAAAUCCUGUGCCGGAAGCACGUGGGGGCAGCUGUCGGCCAGUAGUAAAGAGCUUGCCAUUUGCAGUGCAGUCCCGUCACCCAACAACAUCAGCACAGCCGCCCAGCCUAGCAACGCUUCUGAGUGCAAUGGGCUUCUGCCUCUCAUCGAUCCAGAGGGAGGUGUGCAGCUGGAGGCCCCCGAUCAGCCCACGGGGACUACAAAGAAGAAAUCCAGCAAAAAGGACUUGAUAAGUCAAACCAUCCAAACCCCAGACAUCGAGUGGGUGAAGAGUGCUCAGAAAGCAUUUGACAGCAAAAGCCAUGACAGCAUGGAUGGGAAAAAGGAGUCUUACUCAAUGGAUGGUGUGUUAGACACGUCACCCACAAAGCAGAAUCCCAGUUCUGCUAGCAGUUCUGAAAGCGACACCAGUCACGUACGAAUUACUAUCCCAAUAAAGUCUCCAACAACAGAUACAUCUGGCCAUAAAAGGAAAAAAAGGCAGUCUACAAAAUCUUCCAUAGAGAAAACUAUCCAGGAGAAAAGCCUGUCUUCUGGACUUCCUUUGAGCAGUGAAGUAGCAAACAGGACUAGCUCACAAUCAGAGGGGAAUAAAAAAGAUCUUCGAGCCACAAAGCCAGGGAAAGUGAUUGAUAAUGAGCCCCCUCUAGUAGCUAUUGAAAGCAGUGUGCUCACUGACAAAGCUUCCCCCAACAGUGCCACUAGGCUCAGAAAAUCCGUAGCUGUGACGUCCACGCUCCUACCUACCGAUCUUCCCACAGCUAGCAAAUUAUCUGAGGUCCAGCACCCCAAACUUGCAGCUAAGCGGAGAUGGACCUGCAGCAAACCUAAAUCUAUCCUUCGGGAGGCCUCCAUGGCAACAUCUGAGAAGCUGAUGGUGGAGCCUCCUUCAGCCUAUCCCAUCACACCAUCCAGCCCUCUGUAUACCAAUACAGACAGUCUUACUGUGAUCACACCUGUCAAGAAAAAAAGAGGACGACCAAAGAAACAGCCUUUGCUCACUGUUGAAACCAUUCAUGAGGGAACCUCCACCAGCCCAGUGAGUCCAAUCAAUCGCGAAUUUCCAGGAACAAAGAAAAGGAAGAGGAGACGGAAUCUGGCCAAGUUGGCCCAGAUGGUCCCAGGAGAGGACAAGUCCAUCAGUGAACUCAAGUUUCACAAAAAGGUUGGGAAGCUUGGGGUCUUGGAUAAGAAGACCAUCAAGACCAUUAAUAAAAUGAAGACCCUCAAGCGGAAGAAUAUUCUCAAUCAGAUCUUGUCCUCCUGCUCCAGCAACAUAGCUCUAAAAGCAAAAGUUCAGCCACCGUCUAGUGCUGGGCCAACAACCAUUGAUGCCAGACUGGGGAAGCAGAUCAAUGUCAGCAAGAGGGGGACUAUCUACAUUGGCAAAAAAAGGGGCAGGAAGCCCAGAGCAGAGCUGCAGCCUCAGCCAGAAGAACCUAAGACAGCCAUGAAGCACUCAAGGCCUGUUUCCAGCCAGCCAGAAAACCCAGCAGUGCCUUCCAACCUGCAGUCACUUGUGGCAUCGUCACCAGCAGCUAUUCAUCCGCUUUCGACACAGUUAGUGGGGACUAACGGCAACCUUAGCCCUGCAAGCACUGAAACGAAUUUUUCAGAGUUAAAAACUAUGCCAAAUCUUCAACCUAUCAGUGCUCUUCCUACAAAAACCCAGAAAGGAAUGCACAGUGGAACUUGGAAGCUGUCUCCACCCAGGUUAAUGGCUAAUUCACCUUCCCACCUCUGUGAAAUAGGUUCUCUGAAAGAAGUCACACUGUCGCCGGUGAGCGAGUCUCACAGCGAGGAAACCAUACCAAGCGACAGUGGGAUAGGUACAGACAACAACAGCACUUCUGACCAAGCCGAAAAGAGCUCAGAAUCCCGCCGGAGAUACUCCUUUGAUUUCUGCACCCUGGACAAUCCAGAGGCUAUCCCGUCUGACACCAGCACAAAGAACAGGCAUGGUCACCGGCAGAAACAUCUCAUUGUGGAUAACUUUCUCUCUCAUGAGAGCAUUAAAAAGCCAAAGCACAAGAGGAAAAGGAAAAGCCUGCAGAACAGAGAUGACCUCCAGUUUCUGGCAGACCUUGAGGAACUCAUCAAUAAGUUUCAAGUGUUCAGGAUUUCCCAUAGAAGUUACACAUUUUAUCAUGAAAAUCCAUAUCCCAGCAUCUUCAGGAUUAAUUUUGAUCACUACUACCCUGUGCCAUAUAUCCAGUAUGACCCAUUGCUCUAUCUUCGCAGGACCUCUGACAUGAAGUCUAAGAAGAAGCGUGGUAGACCUGCCAAAACCAAUGACACCAUGACAAAGGUGCCUUUUUUACAAGGGUUCGGUUACCCUAUUCCCAGUGGGAGUUACUAUGCACCCUAUGGAAUGCCUUACACAUCAAUGCCUAUGAUGAAUCUUGGUUACUACGGUCAGUAUCCAGCUCCUUUGUACCUGUCUCACACGCUCGGAGCGGCUUCCCCAUUUAUGAGACCUACCGUGCCCCCACCCCAGUUCCAUGCAAGCUCUCAUAUGAAGAUGGCCACCACUGCCAAGCAUAAAGCGAAACACGGAGUGCACCUGCAAACACCUGUGGGAAUGGGCCUUGGAGACAUGCAGUCCUCUCUGGCUCCUCCAAAGGUUGGAGGGACAAGCCUUUCAAGUGGGCGACUUCACAAAAGGAAACACAAACAUAAGCACAAGCAUAAGGACGAGCGGAUAUUGGGGACACAUGAAGAUCUGAGUGGUCUCUUUGCUAGCAAGUCCACUGGUUUCUCCAGCCAUGCGAUCAAUGAAAGGCUAAGUGGCUCAGAUAAAGACCUCUCCUUGCUCAACGAGAAAAGCAAGCAUAAGGAGAAACAGAAGCACCAGCAUUGUGAAACCGGACACAAAGGCUCGAAGAGUAACUUUGAAGUGGAUACGCUGUCUACACUAUCACUUUCUGAUGCCCAGCAGUGGACACAGAGUAAAGACAAGGGUGACUCAAGCAAUGAUCCCAUUGACUCUUGCACAAAGAGAUACUCUGGUAAUACGGAGAGUAAUGCAAGGUCAGAGUCCCUGGACAUGUUUGGUGAAAUGAAUUCCUCGAGUGACAAGCGGGACAAUGAUGCAAGUGGGAGUAAAAGAAGAAGCUUUGAAGGGUUUGGAACUUACAGGGAAAAGGACGUUCAGCCCUUCAGGACAAAUAGGAAGGACAGAAGUACUUACGAUUCUUCAGCCUCUUCAGGAAUUGCAGGUCCCCACUUAAAAGCAGACCAGACUUCACUUCAUAGUAAAAUGGAAAGUUCUGCCUGUAAUAUGAUGACCAGAAGGAAACCAGCAGCUGUUGACAGUGUUGCAAUGCCAACUCCAGUAUUAUCUCUCCUACCUUCAUCAUCAGCAACAUCUGAAGCAGCCAGCCCACCGCUGAAAAAAAGGUUCAAGCGCCGUGAAAUCGAAGCAAUCCAGUGUGAGGUGCGCAAGAUGUGCAACUACACCAAGAUCCUGUCCACGAAGAAGAACCUGGAUCAUGUAAACAAAAUCCUGAAAGCCAAGCGGCUGCAGAGACAAUCAAAGACAGGCAAUAACUUCGUCAAGAAAAGGAGAGGGCGUCCCCGGAAGCAACCUCUCUCAUUUGACGAAGACUCCAGAGACCAAAUGCCCGUUCUGGAAAAAUGCAUUGACCUUCCCAGCAAAAGAGGUCAGAGACCUACACUGAAUCCUUUACUAUUGGAACAAGCAGCCACCCAAGAUACAAUCAUGGCCACCAUCGAGGCUGUCAUACACAUGGCUCGAGAGACGCCGCCUCCGCCACCUCCUCUCCCGCCUCCCCCUCCUCCUCCUCCUCUACCUCCGCCUCGGACGCCGCGAGUCGGGAAGAGGAAAAGCAAGUCCCCGCAGGAGGAGGAGGAGGACGUGAAGGUGAAACGGCAUCGGAAAGGCAGAGGGAGUGAGAGCGAAGGCCUUCCCUAACGCUGAGGCACCCCAUUGAGUGUGGGGCGCUCCAGGACUGAAGGCGCGAGGUUCGCUCGGCACCCGCAGCAGCAUCGGACUCACUCGUCUCUCCAGUAGCACGGCAGCCGAAAACCCUUGACGGAGAGCUGGCCAGCAGCGAUUCGCAUCUUCCUCUUCAUCAGCUUUGGCACCAGCCCCAAGGAAAAGGGGGGACGGGGUGAGGGUGGGGGUUGGAUGGGUGGGGACAGGGAGGGAGGGGAGGAUGUCAAAGUUAGCAAGACCGUCUACUUUGCCGAAUUUCCAAAAACUAAUCCGCAUCUCAGCAUUGCUGUUCUCAUACCGUACCCUGAAGCGGGAGGUCGUCCGCGCAGUGAGCUGAACAUUGUCGUUAGAGCUGCAUGCUCGACUGAUUCUGUUUGGUGGGCCAGGUGAAACUAAGAGUAACCAUACCAUAGUAGAAAUCACUGUAAAAAAAGGAAAAAAAAACCAACAAAAAAUGUAAUUUUCUCAACUGUGAUCUUGGUUAUAAUCUGUUUGAUUUUUUUUUUUCAGUUUUAUAUACCUACCAGGCUUUGGGGCAGCAUAACCCAAAACGCCUGACUCCUGCUAGAACUAUAUAUUUUUUUUUCUCAUUUACUUGCCUAGUUACAACUAGCUGCAAUAUAGGCAAUAGAAAAGUAGAGCCUUACAUGCGCACACACUCAUUCCGAGUGCUAUCCCAAGGAUCAAUGGAAUAUCAUAGCAUUUAAAAUAAGGUGUACAUGGAUAUUCAAUUAUGAUAGCAUGUUUCUGUGAAACAACUUGGCAUUUUCAAUGGCAUGUGAAAAAGGGGUCAUCCGUCAACCAAGUUGUUUCGAUGCUCGGUACAUAUGAGUAGAGAACAGCAAGGCACUUCUGGGGAAUAGAGUUAUAGCAAAGAUGGACAAAAUCACCAAAAAAAAUAAAAAAGAUAAAAGAAAAAAAUAGGACAGAAAAAAAUAGAGUAAAAAGACAGGGCCCAAACCUAGCAGUUCUUACCACCUGCAAUUCCCAAUGAAAUUGAUGGGAAAUCCAGGAUCUGAAUUAUUUGCAUUGGGUAGCAAUGCCUUGAUAUGUUCUUUUAAAGAAAAUAGCUAAAGUAGAUUGUUUUAAAAAAUAGAUGACAAAACCCUAUGGAAAAUAGCUUCUUUCUUGGCAAUUAUUUCUUUAAAAAGAAAAGGAAUAAGUGUUCUUAUCUGAAAAAUAAAAAUAAAAAUGUUCAAAGGGUAUCACCACUGCAAUUGUAUUAAUGCCACUUUGGACAUGUUCUCCAAGUUGUGGUUGCCUUAAUAAACUAAAAAAAAAUUUUUUUUUUGUACAUAAUGUAAUUAUAAAGCUCUCAGUCUGCAUGGAUGCAAACUGUGUGUGACAAAUCGUCUCUUUAAAUGGUCAGUUCAAACUGUACAUUUCUCAUUCGAGUUGUACGUUAGCCAUUGAUUUAACUUGGGUGAAACACCCAAGCUCCAUUUCCACAGCCCAAUUAAAAUGUUUAACUAAAACACAGACUGAACGUGAAGCUGUUCCAUUGCAGUAACAAUGCUUUUAAAAAAGUCAGUUGUUGAAAUUUGAAAUAGGUACUUUCAACUUGAUUUUAUUUCUUUUUCAAGACCUUCAGUACUCUCAACACCUGGCAUGGCAAGAUGGAUAUUAAAAUGGGAGGGGGGGGAGGGAAAAUUCCAGCAAGGGAGCGGGGAGUGGAGUUAUUUAAUGAUUCACAAGCCAACUGUUAUUCCCUUUUUGGAGAAAUCUUUGAACUGGCUUACUGCCAAGGAAACUUCAAAUAGCACGACACUAAAAAAAAAAAAAAAAAAAAAAAGACAACAAAAAAAGUCCCCACAAAAAAAUAUUGCAUUUCUAUUCUGUUAUUUAUUUACAAAAAAAAAUCAUAUCAAGACUAUGGUGUUAAAGGGACACUGUAAACAUACAGCUCAUUAUUUUUAGAGGCUGAUUUUUCUUCUGUGAUAGCACCUUAGCUUAUUGAAGCUGAAUGCAUUAGGGGUUGGGGUUGGGGAUCGGGGCAAAGGGAUGCUUUUUUUAAGGCUGAAACAAAUCUUGAGGUCCCCACUCCUUAAACCAAGAGGGAUCGCAGAAUUUCAUUUCCGAUAUUUGUUUCGCAUCGUUCAUCGUACUCAUUUGCGCUUUUUGUUUUCCAAUUAAUGCAGCUUGGAAACAAACUGGUCAGUUGCUCCUUUGGCUACAACCAAUUUUGCCUUUCGGUUCCCUCGAAUUAGCGCGGUGUGAUGGACUGAAGCUGGGGACCUGCGGAAACCACCCUCCCACCUCCUCCAGCUCCUCCCUUCUCCCUGAAAAAGCAUUCGACUGAGACUUAGUUUAUCCAGAAACUUGGGGUUUUUUCCAUCUCUCCCUUGGGCCUGAUGGGAGUUGACAGUGUCUCUUUAAUUGCAAGGAAAAAAAGAAAGCCUGCAUUAUUCCAGGUAGUCUAUAAACGGGAAUUAAGCCAGAUGCCAACCCAUCCCUGGUUUUGUAGUCAGCGAUCUGCUUAUGAGCAUGGAAAUUUCUGUGUGGAGCGAGAGGAGAUGAGGUCUGCAAGGACCAAAUCCUCUCUCCGGGCACCCAUCGGGGCUUUGAGACGUGACGGACCCUGCGAGGCGCUGGGAAGGGCUGGAUGCGGGCGCUGAGGCUCGGCCGUGCGUCCAGGGGACGGCACGGCGCAGCCCCGGCUGGCUGACAGGCAGAUUAGCUUGCUAAUUUGUAUGAAAGCAGGCUGAAAAUACUGUUAGAUGGCACUCAGAAUUUGUGUGCUGCAUGUUGCCUAGUCUAUAAAUAUGAUAAGCAAGUUGCUGACAGAAUAAUAUUAUAAGGCGAUGUACUACAUGCAGAUCAUAAAGGAUUUAGUUUUAGGGCUUAAGGCUAAAAUCCCACUCCUGCAGUUUAUUACCCAACAAUAUUCCAGUAAUGAGCUUUUUUGAUUUUUUUUUUCCCCUACUAGUAGGAAGAUUUACUGAGGAACUCUCUAAAUUCGCUCCAUACAUUUCCAAGAACUGUAUAAAACCAGGGUGAAAGCCCUCUUUGCUUAUUAAGACCAAAAAGACCUUUCAAACCUCUCUGGCGCGUCACAGAUUAAUGCACAUCUUCGAAUUCUUCAAUAAAAAGGCAAAACAAAAUCACGUGGCUCUGAGCCAUGGGUUUGCAGCCUCUCCAUGGGUCCCGUAUUCUUCAACCCGGCAUAAAACAAGGGAAAGGGACAAGUGUGUGGGGAGAGAGGGAAAAAAGAAAUGCUUAUGUCUCCAAUAGCUCCCUACUGCCAGUUUCUUGAGCCCGUAAUUAUUAAAUUUUCUGUGAAGCACCUUGCAUGUUUUUGGGUAGCUGUCAGAAAAAAAAAAAUGCAAGGGAUAAUAGCAAUUGGCUACUACAGCAUGGCCCAUGCCCCUCCGUUUUUACAGCAAUGCUUUGGACCAUUCGUGUAGGAUAUUCUGUUUGUAUUGUCGCAUUUUUUGGCUAGCGUCUGGUACACUGAGGUGCUGGUUCAUCCCUGGGCUUCUAAGCGCUACAGCAAAACAACCGGUGGACAGUAACUGUCGCUCCAUCCACAAGGAUCCCCCCAACUCUUAUUUUCACAGGCCCUGCUUCAGGACUGCACUUAAGCACACUUAAGUAGUAUCUCCUGGGAAAAGGAAAAAAAAAAAAAAAACAGGAAAAAGAAAGAAACAGGAUGGUUUUCUGGAUUAAGAAAACAUCAUGCCCUUGCAAUGCCUCUUCCUUCCAUAUCAUCCAAAAACUGGGGUGCAGCAGUUCUGAGACAAUUAGAAGCACAUUUCAACAGAGGACACAUUUGAGAUCUCCUUAAGAUGCCUGCCUAGGUUGUAUAAAACACUACGUAGAAAAAAAAGAAAAAUAAAAAAAAAUGUAAAAACAUGAAAAGAGCUGCCAAUUGGACAACAUGGGGAAGCAGUUCAACCCCAUGUUGGUUUGUUUUACUUUUCUUUUUCUUUAUUUUUUUAAGCUAUUUCUUAAAUAAUAAAUGCACAUGAAGUGUUAAAUAUGUAUAUACUGUAUUUCAAAAAAAAUUAAAAAAAAUCAAACGAAUGGGGCACAAGAUUGUUCUAUAAGUCGUGCUGGCUAAUUUUUAGUUUGUAUUCAUAAGUGGUUUUUAAAAGCCUUUUUUAAAGUGUAAUUUGCAUGUUCUACUUUGAUUGUAUGUAAACAUAUUUUAGAGCAAAAAAAUGUAUUUGUAUUUUAUUGAAUAUAGAGGCAAGAAAAAAAACUUGUACAUUGUUUGAAAUGUUCUUUUUGUAACAGUUUUUAUUCAUGAAGCAUUUUUGUACAUUUAAAAAUGGAUAUGGACUUGAUGUUCUUUGAGGCUUAGAUACAUCUGGCAUGCUUUAAUGUCAUGCUCCUUCAUGAUCUUAGAUGUUGGUUUUUAAACAUUUUUUUCUAAAACAAAGCUCAGUCUUUUCGCUACCAAAUCAGGUUAGCACAGUAUAGAGCACUUAACUAAAAAAAAAAAAGAAAAAAAAAAGUUAAUCCUAUUCAUAUGUUAUUCAUUGUGUGAAAUUAAAGGAAUUCAAUUCAGUCUAA